AUGCUACAUCAGACGCCGUUUGAAACAUUACCUACGCAAGGAUUUUAUCCGGCACGAUGGCCUGCAGCUCCUGCAGCAACGGAUACAACUUAUCCGGAACCACCACGAUGGACUACGGAGCACGUUUAUCCGAUGUUUCCAUUCGCUCAAACAGAGAUUCAACCGUAUCCUUCCGAUCCGUUCCCGUCCACAUCGAUGGCUGGUCCAACUGAAUACAAGGUGAACGCCUUCUAUCCGAAUUCAAUCCUUGGUUCCGGUUACCCGGGUGACUACAACCAG